UUUAAUCCACUAAAGAUGCGUGUUAUUCUCAUUAUAUUCUUAGUAUCAAAAAUAUCAGCCGGUUUUCAAAUAUCUCAAAUAGAUGAGUCUUGCCAAUUGAAUGAUGCUGAUAUAUUAAAGAACUCCCACUUUUGGCUCGAGGAUGCCCAGCGAACUUUAAAAAAUAAACUAUUGCUGAAGGAAAAUCGAAAAAUAGCAAAGAAUGUAAUAUUCUUUAUUGGCGAUGGCAUGUCAGUGCCAACAGUUACGGCCAGUCGCAUUUACGAUGGACAAGUCAGAGGUAUAAUAGGCGAACGUAAUCUGCUGUUUAUGGAAAGGUUUCCAUAUGUGGGUCUUUCUAAGACCUAUUGUGCUGAUAGACAAGUAGCAGACUCAGCGUGUACUGCGACCGCCUAUCACACAGGCAUUAAGGCCAACUACGAGACGAUUGGAGUGUCACCAAGGGUGAGGAAGGCCGAUUGCAACAGUGCAGCACAAAAGCAAAACCAAAUCGAGUCUAUAGCAGGGAAAGCUCAAGCCGCAGGAAAAUCUACAGGAAUUGUUACAACCACCCGGGUUACUCAUGCCAGUCCAGCAGGUGCUUAUGCCCAUACCUCUCAUCGAGACUAUGAAAGUGACAAGGAUGUCGUUGAACUGGGCAAUGAUCCAGCAAUCUGUGUCGAUAUAGGCAGGCAACUGGUGGAAAAUUUCGUUUCAAAGAAUUUAAACGUUGUUAUGGGUGGAGGUGCUUCCAAGCUUUUACCAAAAGGUGCAGACCAUAACACAGGAUUUGUAGGUCAGCGAUUGGAUGGUAGAAAUCUUAUCGACGAGUGGAUUAGCUCCAAACAGUCUCCUACCACUUUUGCCUUCUCCCGCCAACAUUUAAUUGAUAUUGAUACUAAUGCAACCGAUAAUCUUCUUGGUAUUUUUGCCAACAGUCAUAUGAGCUAUAACCUAGAUAACGACGGCUCCCAACCGUCACUGAAAGAAAUGACUGCCACAGCCAUAAAAGUUCUGAAAAAGAAUUCGAACGGGUUCUUCUUAUUCGUUGAAGGUGGGCGUAUAGAUCAUGCUCAUCACGAAACAAAGGCCAAGAAGGCUCUAGACGAAACUGUGCAAUUCGAUGCGGCAAUUCAACAGGCAUAUGAGUUGACCAGUCCAGAGGAUACCUUGAUUGUCAUAAGUGCUGACCAUGGACACACCAUGACAAUCAAUGGCUAUCCGCUACUAGGCAAUAGUAUUACCGGUGUUGGCACAGACAACACCGACAUCGAUCUUUUACCCUACACCACAUUGUCGUAUGCCAAUGGUCCUGCUUUUAAUCAUUUCUUGUAUUCCUCCAAGAGCAAACCAAGUUUGGCCAAUUCUUAUCACCGGUUUCUAUAUGGGACGGAUACCGAUGAAGUCAAGAGAUACGAUGUAAGGAAAAUGGCGAAUAUUGGGGAUAAGAAUUUUCAAUACCCAGCAGCGGCACCGAUGGCUGACGAAACACAUGGUGGUGGAGAUGUGGCAGUUUAUGCUAGUGGUCCGUGGUCCCACUUGUUUACAGGCGUUUUGGAACAGAGUGUUUUGCCGGCGUUUAUGAGUUUCGCAGCUUGUAUUGGUCCAGAGGAAUUAUCUUCAUGUAAUCUUAUCGAUAACCAAUUAUAAUUUUCUACUGAAAUAUACCGUUAUGUAGAACUUUUGAGUUGUGGAGUCACAUU